CUUUUUUUUUUUAAUCCUAAAAAGAAUGGCAGGGUUUAAAAUGUAUGGUCUCCGUGAGAAUAUAUAGUCAGAGCAGGAGAUGCUGUGGAAGAAGAAUCCAAAGGAGAUGGGUUAGAUAUAAGAUAUGAAAGAACAAAGAUGCUAACAACAGAUACGCAUCAGAAAGAGGAGACUGGGAGGGAAGCCCUGGCUGCAGCAGCUGGGUUGGAAGCAGGAGGAGGAUGUUGGGUUUGUUGAGUUUCUGGUGCUGGCCAAACAUCCCAGUGGAGACAUCCAGUAGGCAGUUAUGUCUGGAGAUUUGUGAGGGCAGUCAGAGCUCUGAUGCCAGAGACAUGCUAAGGACCACAGGCCACGAGCAGCCCUAGAUUCGUGACUGAAUUUGCUGAGUGCUGUUGAGUGAGCAGAAUCUGGGUGCCUAAACCUGAGGGAUGGCCAUUGAGAGCUUAAAUCAUGCAAAAGAGGACUGGCAGGAGCACCUGAAGUAAGUUGACGCCCUUCACAAACCUGAAGGGGUUGGAUGUGCUGUCCUUCUGCAAAGGUGGUUAAUGAAAGCAGAAAGAAAAUGGAAAAGGCCAGCAGUGCCCGCCCCCCUCCCGCAAACCUUCUUAUAGGAAAACAGCUUCUUGUACUUUUCAGUUCACUUUCCAAGGGCUGAGGCUAGGACAGCUGUCGGCCUUCUUCUGGAGCUAAACUUCCAGAAAUUCAAACGGCAGGAAGCCAGGUGGGAGGGAGGCGGCUUUGACAACUGCCGGCCGCAGGGGGCCUGACACUGCCAGGGUGGUGUGGAGGGACGCAUUUUAGAGGAGUAUUCUGGGCUUGGGCAGAGCUGAAUUUGAAUCCUGUCUCUAUGGCCACCCAGCUUGAUGACCUUGGACAAGCUGCUUGCACACUUAGUUCCUUAGCUGUAAAAUGGGAACAGCUGCACCUACCUCUCAAGGUAGUUUUGAGGGCUAGAAACUGAUGUGCACACAGUAAAUGGCUAUUACGUGGUCAAGCCCUCCUGUGGGACAGAACGGCUAACCGACAGACUCGUCAGAAUCUGCGGCGACCUCCGAUCUCAGCGGGUAGGGAGGGCUCCCGCGGCCUCCUCCCACGAGGAGGUGGGGACGAGGUGGAGGAAGGGCUGCGGAAGGAGGAGCUAGAAGCUAGCGACCCGCCCCGUCCCGUCCAGUCAGGCCUGGGCGCCGAGGGAACGCUCUCCUAGUCGCCACCGCAGGAGCAGCUGUCCUGGUGUCGGUGCCCGGUCCCGUCCAGUCAUGACCCCGCGCCCCUCACUCCUGCCGCUCCACCUGCUGCUCCUGCUGCUCAGUGGUGCGCUGUGUCGGGCAGAGGCUGGGUCUGAAACCGAAAGUCCAGUCCGGACCCUCCAAGUGGAGACCCUGGUGGAGUCCCCCGAACCGUGUGUGGAAACCGCUGCCCUCGGAGACACUCUUGACGCUCUCUCCCCUCAGGGCAGCUUGGUAGAUGGACGCAUUAUUGACACUUCUCUGAGCAGAGACCCUCUGGUUAUAGAACUUGGCCAAAAGCAAGUGAUCCCAGGUCUGGAGCAGAGCCUGCUAGACAUGUGUGUAGGAGAGAAGCGAAGGGCAAUCAUCCCUUCUCACUUGGCCUAUGGAAAACGGGGAUUUCCACCAUCUAUCCCAGCGGAUGCAGUGGUACAGUAUGACGUGGAGCUGAUUGCACUGAUCCGAGCCAACUACUGGCAAAAGCUGGUGAAGGGUGUUUUGCCUCUGGUAGGCAUAGCUAUGGUGCCAGCCCUCCUGGGCCUCAUUGGGUAUCACCUAUACAGAAAGGCCAGCCAACCUAAAGUCUCCAAAAAGAAGCUCAAAGAAGAGAAACGAAACAAGAGUAAAAAGAAAUAAUAAAAGUAGUAAUUAAAAAAGAAACAAACAAAAAACUUCUUUUCAUUCUUACCUGAUACUUUUCUCUGAGGCUGCUUGUGGAAUAAGG